AUGUCAUUCUCAGUGAGCCGAGUGGUCAUCUUGCUCAUCUCUGAUGAGAAAUCCAGGAGUGCCGAUGCCGUCUGGCUUCUUGAAGACUGCAGGAGUUUCUUCUUCUUCAUAUUCUGUCUCACCUUGGACUUCUUUCUCCCCCGUCUUUUUGCAGGGGACUUUGAAAGUGCAAAAACUGAAGUGGUGGCCAUCUACGACUACAGCGCAGACAAGGAGGACGAGCUGUCGUUCCAGGAGGGAGCCAUCAUAUACGUGGUGAAGAAGAACGAGGACGGAUGGUACGAGGGGGUCAUGAACGCCACCACCGGACUCUUCCCCGGGAACUACGUGGAGUCCAUCAUGCACUACAACGACUGA